ACAUCCUCAGGCCAAAGCACCAUGGCCGGUAACACAUCGCCGCUCUUCAACGCCUCGUCGCUCGACGACGCCGAGCUGCUGGCUCGCGCCCGUGCCUCCAGCUUCAUCGACGAGAGCAUGGCCGGCGACGAGAGCUCACGCGAGGAGUCAGGGCUCUGGAACGUGCUGCGCUGCGUGCCGGCGCCAAACGACGCACCUACGCCGCAGCACAUCGCCGAUGCGACGGCCAAGCUCGACGCUCAAGAAUGGACGACCAACGUCGCGGUGCUGGCAGACGAGCGUACAGCGAAGGAUGACAGCGUGCUCGUCGUUGCUCUCAAGGACGGCAAGGUGCACAAGACGAUGCGCACGGCACUUGCCAGCGUCAUCGAGGUCGUCUGCAACGUGCAGCUCGCAAACAUGCCCCUCGAGGAGUACAUCGAGUGGAAGGGCGACGCAGAAGUCUUUGACUCAAGAGCAUGAAGCGAGGCAGAUGCAAUAGAAGGGUAUAGCAGGUGGAGGGGAAGGACGCUUCUGUUCUCGGUGCGCCUUCGCAGAGGAGACAAACGUGAAGUGUGCAUCUGUGCGCCGGGCUGCCCUCUUGAGCGCACCGCCGCUUGCGCCGCUACAGCCGUGUAUCGACGCGCCUUGGGCGACCCGGGGAGCCGCGUGCUUGACUGCGCCGGUCGCUCGUCAGAGCGCCAGCACACAGCGCGAAGAGUGCCAGAUGAGAUGAUUGAAGUGA